AUGUCAGACGUGAUUGUCCCCGUACAACCAUGCAUCCCCCUUCCGCAAUUUCCCCACAUACCCGAAGAACGCACGCCCCUUCUUGAUGCCAUCUACAAGGCCCUGCGUGGCAAUGGCGCAGACCCCGUUGACCAGGUCCAUCGCACGCGCUUCGCAGCACACCACCCCACCGGCAGCGCGUUCAUUGGCGAGGAGUUGGAGGUCGUGUGGGACAGCAGAAAGGUCCUCCUACGCACCGGCGGCAUCAUCCGCAAGCAAUGGGACUUUUACGCAGUCGAGAAGGAGAACAUACAGUGCGUAAGUAUCGGGUGGCUUGAUCGCAGCGGGGAUAUCACCAAACACGGCUCCCGCGAUCCAGAAGUCGUCGAAACCCAUGACAAGCGACCUACCUUUGGCCCGUUCGCCAGACAUUCGGCCACGGCUGAGCGACCUGAACACAUCCAGCAUGCCGCCACCAAGGACCUCCGCAUACGCGCCAUCUAUGUCUUCCUGCGCUUCACAGCACAUAUCAUCCCCAUCUCCAGCGCAGCCUGGAACGCCGAGGCCCACAAACACCUCCCACCCAACGUCUGGGACUCGCUCUCGGACUCGUACUCGUUCGCGCUGCCCUUUGUGGCACGCGCCGCAUGGCCUCUGUAUCCACACGGGGUGCUGGUGCAGCGCGUACUCGAGGACAGCGAAAUAGAGGAUGCCAAGAGCUCGGGGGAAGAGGUGCUGCCCACGCUCUUCACCGUGACCAAGGCUUUCACGGAGCUGGGCAGCGUAGGGGUCACGCAGGGCAUCGUGGACUCACCUGCGGGCGUCAGAUUAGUGGAUGAGGAAGAAGUGCGGCGAGGGCCUCUCAAAGCAGUGCCGCCCACGGAAAAGAUCGUAUGGGUGUCAUGUAAUUCGCGGGAUAGCAACACGACACCAUUGGAGUUCAUCAUCAGCUUGGAUGAAAACAAGAAAGUCCUGACAGUGUGGAGAUACGCCUAUGUGCCUCAGCCCGAGAGCACCAACAGCAGCAAACCCCCACCACCAGCGAGCACAAAUGCACAUACGACAAGGAGAAAGCGGCAUUCCGCAUUGGGGCACGCUCGCAUCCCGUCCAGCGGCGUCCCCAGCGACAUGGUAGAGCGGGCGGAUCCGCUGGGCGACGAUGCCGUUAAUCCCGUGCACGACUCUGGCAGCAAUCCAAACGCUGCGGUCAACCCGCUGCCCCAGGUCCCAGCAGCAGGCAAAACGAAGGCGGACCACAUCGCGCUGGGCGCGAUACCGAAGAUGAAGCCCGCGCUGACUGGCGCGCUGACGAUGGAGGGCUUGAUGCAUGGGAUGGGUGUGGAGGCCCCAUCUCCGCAGACGGGGAAGGAGGGAAAGAAGAAGUGGCUGGAGCAACAGGCUGAAUGGGCGGCGAAGAGGGAGAAGAGCAAGGCUGCUGCGACGGCCAAGACCGCGCGACGGGAGUCUGGGUCCAAGUACGAUUUGAGCGUCACGAUGGACCGAAUGGCACUUGGUGGACGCGGCGGGGACACGGGGGAUGACGGCGCUGGGGACGACGGAGACACAGAGUGGUCAGGCGAGGCCGACGAAGAAGUGGGGAAAUUGAGGACGAACUACUGGCUGCAGAAGGUACAAUCGCAUGAGAUCGAGGAGGACGAUGCUAAACAAUGGAGGGGUAUUAGCGUGGCGGUUUAUGAUAAACGAACCUCGGGAGCUGGUAAACGCAGCUCCGAGCGCUGUAGGCUGGCCAUCUGCCUGCCCGCGCAGAACAUCGACCGUCGCUGGAUCGUCGAUCCCGAGGUCACGAAGGUUACUGGCGUGUCCAUUGCAGCGAUCAGAGCUACGCGGGAGUCGAUUAUGGACCUGUUAGUGGUGGAUACCGGGGGCAAGCUCGCGCUUUAUUCCCACUCGGAUUCCCAGGUAUUUUCCAUGGUGCUGCGCCAUCGAGAUGGUAAUGGGCGAGACUACAUCACAGGCGCGAAGAGGAUCAAGGAUGUCGUCCACUCGACUGCUCUGUUGGACAUCGCCGACGUUACCUGCGAAAGCGGCAUAGGGGAGGUCAGGGCCUGUUUCGAUUUUGUCCCGAAGGACGAGUUGACAGCGAGCUGCCUGAGACUGCUGUCGAUGGUGCUUCCGGAUCCCGCCGUCGCCAAUUUGCACCGCCGAUUCUUCUCCAAGUGGCUGCUCUCCGGAUGGAUGCGCCCCGCUCUGGAUGCCCCCCCUGUCAUGGCACGGCUCGGAGCCGACGAGUUUGAGAGUUUGGCGAGUUCGCUGUAUGACGUCCUGAGGGUGACGGGUGUGGACACGGGGACGAUAAACGCAGAGGCCAGUGGCGAUACCAACAACUGGGAUCGUAUGUCGUUGUCGCCAUCGUACGAGCGGUUCGCGGAGGAUCCUGUUAUGAAGUACCUCAAGAAACCGCAACAGCUAGAGGAUUCAGCAAAGCGGGCCGGCGCGCAAACCCCGAGACUCAAGGACAAUGCCCCAGCCACCGCGUGUGCACUUGUGACCCCCGCCUUAUAUGGUCUGCAUCUUCUCGCCAUGGAUAUGCGCUUGUCAGUGAAAUCGUACGGUGAUGUGUUGCGACUAUGCCCCGUGAUAUGCACACUGGCGUCGAUCGUGCGGCCGGAGUGGGUCGACUUUUGGGCGACGCUGUGCCCGACGGUCGUGCAGGUCGGGGAACGUGACGUCAAUUACUUCGAUAAUCGGAUUCCCGCUUGGCCCCCUGAUGGGAGUGCCAUUUUAUUCGGCAAACUCACGGACUCAUCAUGGGUCGCCCCCCUCCAUGAUAUCGAAGCUGUCGCACGCGAGGUACUGGGCGGUACCCCAUCGUAUGCGUAUGGUGCCAUCAACCCGCUAGUGCAUCUCCCUCACCUGUAUCAAGUGUACCGGAAUCUGGGCGACAAGUCGAAGCCCUCGGCGCAAAGACGGGCGGCAGACGCUAUCAGCUACUUAGUAGACCGCGGGAUCAUCAAAGACGGCGGGGAGGGGGACGGAGAGUGGUUCCGUUGGCUACCAUUGGGGAUCAUGGCUCCCAUACAGGAGGCUGCCAGAAUGUGCCAAGUCGCGCCUCUUACGAACUGGUCGGCUGCUGCGUAUUCGUUUAUCGGUCGGAACGAUUUAGCGGCUAGGGCAGUUAACGCACCCGAUCCAUUAGUCAACGACGGGUAUGGAUCCGUGAAAGACUUCGUGAACCCCUCGAAGCCGAGGAAGACCAUUACUGAGUUUGCGCUCCACGCCAGGUCCAUGGUCGGCGGCGAGAUUGACACCAUCUCCGGCGUCGAGCUGGGUCUCGAAGAUUUUACCAGCAUUCGUUUCGGGCAAGAUCGCAGGUUGGACGAAGUUGCACGCAUCCUUUGUUCCUCGGUUAUUCCGAAUGUGCGGUACUUGGAACGUCCCGAGCUUAAGCAAGUCGCCUUCGAACAUGAUCAAACAAGGGAACAGCAAAAUGUUGUGCUUCGUGUAGCUGAGAGAACAUUGGCGCUUCCAUAUGGGCGCGCGAUGUUUACUUUUGGUUCCGUCUCAAGGGUUACGCGAGAAGCAUACUCGAUCCCUAAGCUGGAGUACGCCAUUCGACUCCAACCCCUGAACAUAACGGUAGCUCCCGAACCCAACAAGAUAUCCGCCGAUUCCACGAGUUGGGGCGAAUUCCAUAACGGGGUAGCGGCGGCUUUGAGGAUUUCCUCGUCUUCCCGCAGAAUCGAAAGUUCGUGGAUCGCUUUCAAUAAACCCUCUGACCUGAGUCCUGAGCACGCCGGGUUCCUCCUUGGGCUGGGGCUAACUGGUCACCUGAAGGGGAUGCUCACCUGGCACACAUUCUCGUAUCUUACCCCCAAGCACGACCUUACUUCAAUCGGUGUGUUGCUCGGCCUCGCAGCCGCCAACGUCGGGACCGGAAACCAUCAUGUCAUGAAGCUACUUGCAGUCCACACACCGGCUUUGCUUCCCCUUCCGAGCGUGGAUCUCAACGUGUCUUUGAUGACUCAAGCAGCAGGUCUCGCGGGCGUUGGGCUGCUCUGUAUGGGCACAAAAAAUCGGAGAAUGGCAGAGGUUUGUUUGGGUCAAAUUAGUCGGAGAGAUCUGGUACAACCCGACCUGAACAACGAGCACCGGGAAGCGUAUACACAUGCAUCCGCUAUUGCAUUCGGUAUGAUUAUGUUAGGUAAAGGAUCCAAUGUACCAGCGGACGCCGCCAUCCUCAACCGCCUGGGCGUCCUUGUUCAUGGAGAACACACUGGUAUGGGACGCGGCGAGGCUUUCGAUAUUAAUCUCACAUCCCCUGCGGCAACUAUCGCUCUCGGCCUCAUGUACCUCCGCACCAACCGUCACGACGUGGCUGAGAUGCUGAAUAUUCCCGAUACCGUGCUCGAGUUGAAUCGCAUCCAACCAAGUUUUGUGUUUUUGCGUACACUGUCCAGGGCGUUGAUUAUGUGGGACCAUAUAACCCCUACCAGCGAAUGGUUUUCGGCCCAACUUCCCCGGCCGAUUGCGGCUGCCGUUGAGUUACGCUUCCAGGGAAAACCCAUUGACGACGCUCUGGAAUUGGCGUAUUACAACCUGUCUGCAGCCUGUUGUUUCGCCCUCGGCCUCAAGUACGCAGGCACCGCAAGGCAAGAAGCAUAUAUCAAGAUUAUCAGCCACUUCGACCUGUUCACCCAACUUGUACGUCUGAACGGCAACGCAUUUGAUCAAAAGAUCAAGCGAUCCGCAAUCAGGGACGGGCUAAAUAUGAUCUGCAUAUCGUUGAGCAUGGUUAUGGCUGGCACUGGGGAGAUCACUUGCCUACGGCGGCUCCGCUAUGCAUACGGCAUCCACCAGCAGGCGCCAAAGUAUGGUGUCCACAUUGCGACACACAUGUCGCUGGGUCUUCUCUUCUUGGGUGGCGGAAGGUUCACCCUAGGAACAUCGGAUGCUGCCAUCGCGUGUAUGAUUGCCGCUUUCUUCCCUCGGACCCAUCAAGUGUCUAACGACAACAAGAGUUACCUACAAGCUCUGCGCCACUUGUGGGUACUUGCAGUUGAGCCGAGAUGCCUUGUAGCCCGUGAUAUCGAUACGUCCGAGGUCGUCUAUCUCCCCGUUAAAAUAACCAUGAAGGAUGGCAAGGAAGAGUCUACGACCCAGCUAAUCUCCCCCACCCUAAUACCGGACUUGGACCACCUCUCCGCGAUUCGGGUAGACACUCCCAGAUACUGGCCGUUUUAUCUUGACGUCGAAAAAAUUCCGAAACACAGAGAGAGUCUUUUGAACUGCCAGACGCUUUACGUCAAACGAAGGACUGCCUUCCUCAGCUACACGGAAGACCCCAGGGGCAGUAGGAGUCUGUUUGUUCGGUCUGGGUCGUCUUCGGGUGAUGCCUUCCUAUUGGACUUCCCACAGCUGACCCAAGCGAAACGACACCCUGCCAACGAUCUAUCGGAAUUCAUCACGUCUUUCUCGAACGACGUUCGAUUCCUCGCCUUCGCAGACCACUUUUCGAGAUCCCUCAUCGAUGUGCAAGCUGAAGGGGCGGAUGAUUUGACCGAACGAGAACGGUUAUUCCAAAUGUACUGUCAUGCCAGUCUGCUCGACUGCAUCCUGCAAGACAAGCCCUCUGUCCUGCAGGCCCACUUAACUCUUUGGUCGUUCCGAAACAUGAAGCCUACUUCCAAGUUCUUCCAUUUGAGGCUCGCAGAUUUACGGUUCUGCGCAGACUUUUACGACAAGUUGUACACAAGACGCUUCGGCGGGGGCCUCAGCCCGUCAGGAAAGGCAAGCAACCCACUGCUUCAAAAGCACAAGCCACCCUUGAUCAGGGAUAGUACAGUUGGUGGUGUAAUGUUGGCCUUGGACAAUUCGUUGAAGCGUGUGCGGGAGAUGGACGGUUUCAAAUCUGCACUGCGAAGUUAUGCAAAUGGGCUUCGCUUCGACGGCAGCAUGAUGCUAGAGUCGAUAUCGCCUGUUGGACCAGGGGAAGAGCCGACCAAAGUCGCCCAAUACCUAUCGUGGUACUUGUUAAGGCAUUGCGUUCCGGCUUCCGCCGUUCUGUUUGUGUUGAAGGACCUCGCGCAGAGCGCGCAUGCUCUGUGUAUGGACAAGGCCAGGAAUGAUCCUGCCUCGCUGUGGUCUACGCAUGGCGCAUCUACGAAUACGCCUGGUCCAUUUAUGGCUGGAGCAGUGUUAGGCGCAAGUCUGGCCGCUCAACCAGUGGACACCGUUUCCUUGAAUGAUACUGGGCCAGGUGGAGAGCGAAUGGCGGUGGAUGGCGAACGGGAGGCAGAAGGUACUAAGCCGACAGGACUCGACAUAGCCACCAAUGGGCUAGACGAGGGGGCUUUGGACUUGGCCAUCAAGACAGUGUUGCAUUCGACUGGGACGAAGAUGGCCAUAGCCUACGGAUCUGGUUGGUCGGCAGAAAGCUUGGAAGACGUAGUUGCCGCUUGGCAGGCUGUUUAA